GAUUGGUAUUCAGAUUGGUCAAGCCGCGAACUUUGAAUGCACGUCGUCGCUGCUCCUAUGCGAUCACGGGAUAUUAGUUCGUGAUACGACUAAGGUAUUGAAAAAAGAAAGCGAUUGAUGAGUGAAAUAAACAAGAAAAAAUGGGAGCAGCUUUUCAAAAGCUCAAUGCACCUGUUUCACCUGAUUAUGAAUAUGAUCUCACACCACGAAGGGACUUCACUGCUUUAAGACACAUUUUGUCAGAAGACCCUCGUUCGCCAGCUAACAACUUUGCUCGAACACCUAUUUUGGUAGACAAAAUACUAGAUAAUGAGCUAGACCCACGUUCUCCUACUCCUGGCAUUCAACGGACUCCACUAGCCUUUCUUUCAAACAAAGGUAAUAUCACUCUAGAAGACAGCCCUGCAGGGCCAAUAGAAACUGUGUGCGAAGAAGUUCCAGAAAAAUGUUCAUGUGCUAAACCAGAGAUGGCUUCAAAAGAGACACUAAACUUGGGGCAGACAGGUGCCACAACUAGUGAUGCCUUGCUCCAGCUAGAAGGUAAAAUGGGAUCGACCCACAGCAACACAACAUUGACAAACAGAUCUAUACCUUAUCCCAAACAACUCUUCUCCAGCAAACAGCAAUUACCCCGGAAGAAGGAACUGUCAAAUACCAGAUCCCCUCUUUCUCCAGUUGUUAUGGACACCAACUCUCCUAGAAUCAUUCUUCAGAAAAGACAAAGACGACAACUUGCUAGGGGUGCACAGCAAGUCAUUGACAAAGAGAACUGUGGGUGGUAAUAAAAAGACUUGAAAAAACAUUAAGAUAUGGAAAAUAUUAUGCUAAUGAUAAACAUGAUUGUGAAUAGAUACUUUGAAGAAAGGGGAAGGGAAAUAAAUUGGCACUACCUCUCAACAUAUAGCCAUUAACUGUGUGGUUUUGUUUCAGUAAAUGUUAAUAUUUUAAAUGCUUACAUAUUUUCAUGUCAGUAAUCUUGUCUUUUUGUGUAAUUAAACACUGUAAUGUCAGUAAACAGUAGAGCGAUAGAUGGUAUAUAGAGCAGUAAAGAGCGAUAGAUGGAAGUUCUCACAAACAUUUUCGAAAUACACCAGUAAAAGUAUAUCACAGUACUGCAGGAAAGGUUUUAGGCUGAUUGACACAAAGCUGAACGUUGUCAUAGUCUGUACAUCUAAUCCCUAUGUUGAGAAAAGAAAGCAAAUUUAGCAGAGAUAAAAAUGUUUUUAAAUGAGUAAUAAAGUUGUAAAUGCUGCUUCCAAGCAGUAAAGAAAAGCUA